AUGUCUCAAUUUCCGUCUGUACCUCCUCCAGGAGCCUAUGUCCCGCCGAAUCAGCAGCCACAGUCACAGGGCUUCACACAGCAGCAGCAACCCCACUAUGGCUCCCAGCAGCCCCAAGCGCCUUCGCCGUACGCAUCACCCGCUCCAGGGCAUCCGUCGGCUUCUCAAAAGCCCAAGCUGUUCGGACAGGUGUCCAGUCAGUUCAAUCAGGCGGUCACGCAAGGAAAGCCUAUGUUAGAUAAGUUGGGGAAGUCAAUUAGCUCCAAGCUAGGCAACAAGCACUCAAAACCAGUCUACAACCCACAUGCUACACCUCAGGGAAGCUACCAAAACUACCAACAGAACCAACAACAUAGCCAACCCCACGUUCAACAAUAUCAGCAAGCUCAGCCGCAAAGUUACCCAAAUCAAGGCCAACAAUUCACUCCUGGGGCACAGAGCGUGUAUCAAACACCACAGCAGUCACCAUUCACGCAAUCAGCAUACGGGACUCCUGGUUCGGGCAAUUCGGGACAGAAUAACUACUUUUCUCAGCAAGCACCGCCAACACCACACCAACAGGUUCCUCAGCAUCAGCAAGCUCCGCAACAAGCUCCCUAUCAACAAAGUAGCAGUCCUAGCGUGAACACUAAUUCAGGAGAACAAGGUCACAACCAUAGCCAGCGGCCCGGGCAGCCCGGACAGGUACCCUUCUCCCAGGCGCAGCCUCAUCAAGUAUCCCAACAGACACUCUACGGACAGCCUCCGGGCCAGCAGACCGGAGUGAUUGGUGGGGCGCAGUCACGUUUGCAGAACAAUUUUCAGCAACCUCCGUCAUCUGCACAUGGUCCGCCUCCCCCAGAACAGCAGCAACAACAUCAACAAUGGGCACCUCCGUCUCCUUCACCGCAUCAGCAUACUUCUCCCGUACCUCAAUCACCAGCUCAAACCCCAGGAGAGCAACAACAGCAGCAGCCGCAGUGGAAUUAUCAGACCCAUGCGCCGCAGCAACCUGUCUCACCUGCGCCUCAGUCACCGGCCCACUUCAACCCAACUCCUCCACCACAACAGUACAACGCAGCACCGCCUGUUCCCAUGCAUCCUAAUCAGCAACAGCCGCAGCGAUCUCCGCAUCUUCAACAUCAGCAAUGGACAUCAAUGCCACAGGUAAGCCCACAGGCACAGCAAGUGGAACCCUCGACCAGCGCGAGCCAUCCACCACCACAAUCGUCCGAACUUCAAAAGUCUGCCACUCCUGCCGCGGUUCCUCAGCAACAGCACUCUCAAAUUGGGCAACAACGACAGCAGCCACCCCAAUCGCCUACUUCAACGUCGCAAAGUGCUCCUUUGAAGUCUAACCCCACGGAAUUCAUUGCCGAACUGCCUGCUGAUCUGGGUAGUCUGAGCCUGGCAGAAGGUUCCAAAACAGAUCAAGUCCCUUCGAACCAGUCACAAGCUGCGUCGUACCGAGCUUAUAGACCAGUUUCGGGACACAAUGCUUCUCCGGGACCUGGUUAUACUAUCGCACGACGCGCUGUAAGCACAAGUAGCCUGCCUCUAGCGGACCCAUGGAGGUUUGCGGAUCCCAUCACUGAGUUACCGACCCGAGAGUUCUACAUUAUUGCAGACCUUGUUUUCGACAGUAUAGACAGAAGAUUCGAACCUCAGACCACAGGACUACUGGAAGCAAGCAAAGUAUUGGAAAGCUGGAAAGCGCAGCAACUGCCCGAAGAGGCUGCUAAACUCUUUGCACACGAUUCGUACAGCGCCUUUGGGAAGAUCUGGAGUCUCGAAGGGGUCCCACACGUGUUGGUGCCAUGCCAACCUUCGCUGAUGCCUACGUGGAACUUUCAGCAACAGACACAUUCGCAGGAGCUGAAGUUGCAAGAGGAAUCGACAUUAGUGACCGCUUCGUAUCCAGUGUACAUGCCGGCUCUCAAUCGCGCAGGCUGGUACAAAUAUGCCUUCCUCAACUGGCUGCAUCAGCCGGAGGAUCUAGGGAAGAUGCUGUCUGCUUUCUGUGCGGACACUUACAACCCCGGCAUACUCAACCAGCCGGACAUUCAGAAACGCGAUCGAAACGAGUCGCCUGCCCUCGUGGCAAGGGCUACAGCGACCAGUAACACGGCUGUCAGUCGCGUGUGCCAAGAGGUGGUUGCGCAAAUGCAAGGCACCUCACGAGACGGCAAGUAA